UGCAUGACCUGGCAACUCACAUUGAAUUUCUGGAUCUCAGUUUCCUUACAAUCAAUUGUGAUUUUAGGAAAAAGAGGAACUAACCCAGAGAAGAGCAUUUCUAUUUGGCAAAUAUGCAAACUAUUUCAGACAUUCCUCAAGGUUCUAUUUGCUUAUUUCCUUGGGAUCAGGCUCAUAUAGAACCUUUAAACAAAGUAAGGGAUAAACAAGCAGCUUAUCUUACCCCUAAAACCACUGCUGGCACAUAGUUGCAAAGCCCAGGAACUGGAACUGGCAACAAGAAAUAUUCAUCCUUUUAAGGGUCACAACCUAAAUCAGCUCUCAAGGCAGAUCUUUUUUUAUUUUUUUUAAAGGAAGUUGUGCUGAGCCACUGAAACCCACAUAAACUAACUCCAGAUCUUCAAGACAUUGGGUGGAUGGAAAGAUAAACAUGGCUUUUCCCUGGAUCUCCUUACUAGUUUUCCUGGGCUCAGGCUUGGGAUGUCAUCAUCCAAUCUGCCACUGUUCUGACAGGGUUUUCAUCUGCCAAGAAAGCAAGGUGACCGAGAUUCCUUCAGACAUCCCUCGGAAUGCUGUUGAACUGAGAUUUGUCCUCACCAAACUUCAAGUCAUUCCAAGAGGAGCAUUCUCAGGAUUUGGGGACCUGGAGAAAAUAGAAAUCUCUCAAAAUGAUGCCUUGGAAGUAAUAGAAGCUGACGUAUUCUCCAACUUACCAAAGUUACAUGAAAUAAGAAUUGAGAAAGCCAACAACCUGGUGCUUAUUGACCCUAAGGCCUUCUGGAAUCUCCCAAGCCUCCGAUACCUGUUAAUAUCAAAUACUGGUAUUAAGCAUUUGCCUGCUGUUUAUAAGAUUCAAUCUCUGCAAAAGGUUUUACUAGACAUUCAAGACAACAUCAAUAUCCGAACAAUUGAAAGAAAUUCUUUUGCAGGACUAAGUUCUGAAAGUGUGAUACUAUGGCUGAAUAAGAAUGGGAUUCAAGAGAUACAGAACCAGGCAUUCAAUGGAACCCAACUGGAUGAGCUGAAUCUUAGUGACAAUAUUAACCUGGAAGACUUACCUAAUGACAUUUUCCAAGGAGCCAAUGGACCAGUCAUUCUAGAUAUUUCCAGGACCAGGAUCCAUUCCCUCCCUAGCGAUGGCUUGAAAAAUCUUAAGAAACUGAAGGCCAAGUCAGCUUACAACUUUAAAACUCUUCCCAACUUGGAAAAGUUUGCUGAGCUAGUGGAAGCCAACCUCACCUAUCCCAGCCACUGUUGUGCCUUUGCAAACUGGAGACGGCAAGCUUUUGAGUUGCAUCCAAUUUGCAACAAAUCUUUUGUGAGACAAGAUAGUAAUGAUCUGGCUAUGGAGUGGGGUUAUAGAAGAAGAUCUAUGGAAGAAGAAUAUAUAUCAAGCCUCAACAAAGAGUUUGACAUAACAGAAAGUGAAUUUGACUAUGACUUAUGUAAUGAAGUGGUUGAUGUUGCUUGCUCUCCUAAACCUGAUGCAUUUAACCCUUGUGAAGACAUCAUGGGAUACAACUUCCUCCGAGUCCUCAUAUGGUUCAUUAGUAUCCUCUCCAUCACUGGGAACACUGUGGUGCUGGUGAUCUUGAUCACCAGUCAGUACAAACUCACUGUCCCCCGGUUCCUUAUGUGCAAUUUGGCUUUUGCUGACCUCUGCAUUGGGGUCUACCUACUGCUUAUUGCCUCAGUGGACAUUCAUACCAAGAGUCAGUACCACAACUAUGCUAUUGACUGGCAAACUGGCGCAGGCUGUGAUGCUGCAGGUUUCUUCACUGUCUUUGCCAGUGAGCUCUCUGUCUACACACUGACAGCCAUCACUUUGGAGAGGUGGCACACUAUCACCUAUGCCAUGCAGCUGGACCGCAAGGUGAGACUCCGCCACGCUGCCAGCAUCAUGUUGAUAGGAUGGAUCUUUGCUUUCUCGGUUGCCCUCUUGCCCAUUUUUGGCGUCAGCAGCUACAUGAAGGUGAGCAUCUGCCUGCCCAUGGAUAUCGAUAGCACUUUGUCGCAGCUCUAUGUUAUAUUCCUCCUUGUGCUCAAUGUUUUAGCCUUUGUGAUCAUCUGUACUUGUUAUACCCAUAUCUACUUCACUGUGAGGAACCCAAAUAUCGUCUCUUCUACCAGUGAUACCAAGAUUGCCAAGCGCAUGGCCAUGCUCAUUUUCACCGACUUCCUCUGCAUGGCGCCCAUCUCCUUCUUUGCUAUCUCAGCUUCCGUCAAAAUGCCCCUCAUCACUGUCUCCAAGUCAAAGAUUCUUUUAGUUCUGUUCUACCCCAUUAAUUCCUGUGCCAACCCUUUCCUGUAUGCUAUCUUCACCAAGACUUUUAGAAGGGAUUUCUUCAUUCUGCUGAGCAAGUUUGGCUUCUGUGAAAUGCAAGCUCAAAUUUACAGGACAGAAACCUCUUCCACUGUCCACAGCUCCCACCCAAGGAAUGGUCAGUGUCCUCCAAUAGCCAAAAACAACAGUGGAACUGUUUAUACACUUGUCCCUCUCAACCAUUUAUCCUAAAAUCCAGAACCAUAAAUGUGAGAAAAGAGCUGAGCAUUCUGCUGGCAAUAAUUACACCUUGCAAUCAUAGAGUUUUAUAGUUUACAAAGUGCUUUUGAAGGUAUUGUCUUAUUUGACCCUCCUGACAAUCUAGCAAGGUGGAGAAAGCAGGAAUCAACCCAUUUGGACAAGUGAGAAAGUGAAGUCUCAAGCAACUUUACCAAAGGCACAUGACUAAUAAAUAAAAGAGUUCUUACCUA